AUAAGAAAAAAAAAAAAAAACAAGGCGGGUAACCCGAAAUCUGCCGGAUAAGAGUUUUGGAUCGGGAAAAAGCCUGAAUCGAAUCGAAAAAUCGGGAUGCUGUGUGCUCGAAGGUGGAGGUAGCAAUGAAUUGAAGAUUGACUUGCAUGUUUCAAAAAAUCGAUCAUUUUACACGAUUGUAUGUGAUUGAAUGGAGCCUCCUCCUUUCCAAGAAGCACCACGCUGCGACGUCUGCAAAUGCAGCUUCAACGCUUUCAGGCGACGGCAUCAUUGCCGAUCUUGUGGGCGGACGUUGUGCCAUGAACAUUCGUCAAACCAACUGGCUCUACCACAGUUCGGCAUUUAUUCAACCGUUAGAGUUUGCAGUGAUUGUUUCAAUGACUCCUCUCGAUCUACCAAAGGUGAUGUAUCUUCAGACAGAGUUGAUGCUGUAACAGCUACAGUUUCUAGAUUGGACAUUGGUGCAGAUGUAGAUUUAAAGGCUGAACCAACUGUAGAGUAUCAACCUGUGUCAGCCAUUUCAGAAUGCAAGUGUGGAAUGCCUUUAUGUAUUUGUGAAGCUCCAGCUCCAUCCGUGGAUGCAGUUCCCCAGCAGAGCAAAACCGUAUCCCCCUCUGUCCCUCGAUCGAAUCCAAGACCAAAAAAGACAGAAACCACUUUAAAAACCAAUGCUUCCACUUCGAACAGCAAACAUAGUUCUGUCUUCAAUCUUGGUCAAGCGAACAGCGGAACUUCUGAUAAAAGCCAGAUGGAUUAUGAAGUCACUGGGGAGGGUAUGAGAGAAGCUAUAAAGAAUGGUGAUGUUGCUGCUGUCAAGAAGCUUCUGAGUGAGGGUGUUGAUGCCAAUUACCAUGACAAGCAAGGACUUUCUGUGCUACAUUUAGCAGCAGUCUUUAAUCAAACUGAGAUAGUUUUUGCCCUGAUGGACUCUGGAGCAAGCCUGGACUACAAGAAUGCACAGGGGGAAACACCCUUGGACUGUGCUCCUGCCACUCUCCAAUACAAGAUGCGACAGAAGAUGGAAGAAGAUAGAAGAGCAUGAGAACUGCGGCCCUAGAUUGUCCGAAAGAGUGAUAUAUAUAUGCAUUUUUAAGAUACGUGUACAAGUCAUUUGUUUCCAAUCAAGAAAUUCUAUUGACAAACUACUUGAUGGAUUUCUGUUAUAUAUGGAUCGCAUGGCAAAGGAUGCAGGCUACAAGAUAUUUUGGAGUGUGCCGAGAAGAGUUCCCUUCCAAGGCGAUAAAACUAUCUCUGUACUGUAGGGAAAGAGAGAGAAAAACUUGUUGAAAAUCAUCUUCUGUUUGCAAUGGCAAGCUCUGUAUGUAAAGAUGUGAUAGGAAAAAGGGGGGAUCAAACCAGAGCAUCACCUUAUCCUGCACCUUUUAUGCGAAUCAUGCAAUAAAUUGUUGCUUGUAUGGUUGGUCCUUUGUGUUUGCUGAAAGGUGAAAGAGCAUCAUCACCUUUUGUCAA